AAAGGAUGACUUUGACCGUGUCGACGGACCUGACAGUGAACACUGUCCGGACUCAGGUAGAGGAAAAGCUUCAAGACAAACAAAAAGCUCUGCGGGACAGCAUCGAGAAGGGGGAGCCCAAAAUAUUCGGGGUCGCUCAGAUAAUAAUAGGAUUGCUGAUCAUCUCCUAUUCUAUACCUCUGCUGUCCACUAAGACCACAAUGAUAAUUAACUUUGGUGUGCCAUGGUGGAGUGGCCUUAUGUUUGUCAUUUCAGGCGCAGCUGGAAUAGUAUUGGAAAAAUAUGCUACCUUGAAAGCAGUGUCUGUAUGUUUGGCAGUCUCUGCUGUGGCCAUUAUCAUCUCAGUUAUUGCACUUAUCAUGUACUAUGCUGACAUUGCUUUCAAUGUGGCAACCAAAUGCCAUAUGGGAUCACGAAUGAAGUGUGACUACCAGAAUUAUGUCACUCAUUUUAGCACAGGAUUGAAGACAACCAUCUCCAUGGUCAGUAUGGUCCAGACAGUAAUUUCCACUGCUUUUACAGUUAUACUGUAUAAUCAGAGAAGGAACUUUACAGGCUAUGCGACCGUGACUGAAUGACAUCCUGCUUAAUAUCAUGUAUGACAUUUCUGGAUUUAAAUUAGAGGACCUUAAUCUAUCCACUUCAUAUAGAUACAUGUAGUUUUUCUUGUACAUAUGCAUUUAAGUGUUGUUGUAGUUUGGCUAAAAUCUAAAGUGAAUUGUAUUCUUACGUAUUCUAAACAUAUAAAGAUUUAUAAAGUAUAUAAAGUUUUUUUUAUUUUUUUUUUUAUUAAAGUUACAAUUAAAGAUGG